GAGCCCAUGGAAGAUGCCGAUGAUGCCUGGCAAGUCGAGAGAGAGUACUUUGAGGAUGAGUGCCUUGAUGCAGAGGCCACUGACAAGGCAGACACAGAGCUGACUCAACCUCCAGAUGGUGAAAAGGAGGUUGGUCAUGAGAGCCGAGAGGAAGUGUGUCAAGAUGAUCCAUAUGAUCCAUACCUGGUGAAGGAUGUGAAGAUGGAAAAUCACCCGGCCCCAGCAGUCCCAGUCCCAGAUCUCCAGUCGCUGAUUCCCAAACUCCUUCGCUUUCUGCACCGCCCCUCGGUGGCCUCGGUGGCAGAUGCCGCCAGCAGCACUUUGGUGGCGGCCUCCCGGCGUUUGUGGCGCCUUGGAGCCUUAGAACCACAGGGCUAUGGGCUGCCUCCAAAGCUGACGCCCUUAGGUAUUUGGUUGGCCAAAUGCUCUACUGAUAUGCUGGACUUGCCGCCAGCAGCGGCGCGUGCCCUUUUCUUUGGCGCUCUGUGGGGCUGUUUGGUUCCACUCGCUGCACUGGUGGCAUUGCUGUUGCCCCUCAGCGUGAAACCAAAGAAGAGCCUGCGAAAUAUGUGGCGCAGUCGCUUGCGAAAGGGGUUCCGCACAUCUAACUGGUCAGGGCACUUUAUCCUGGUGGCAUCCUAUUUGAAGUGGAAAGAAUCACAAGCCAAACUACGUGUGGAAGAUGUCCUAUCUUGCAGCAAUGGGCAGGAUGACCAGAUGGAUGGAGGAAACAUGGAACCAGGAGAUGACCUCCAAACGGUGGUGGAGACAGAGAAAACUGCAGCACUGUCUUCCCAAAGUGCAGGAGUUGCUCCCACCAAACAUGCUGUUGAGGAUGCCUUUUGGGAAGCGGUGGAUGAAAAAGUUCUGGCCCUUUGCGAAUUUGCCCGGACCAAUUUGGGAUACAAUGGCCAUGAUCUUUCUGCGGACGGGGGAAACAUGCCCUGGACAGUGGCAUCGCUCCUGAAUGAUCAACAUUCCUUGGUACUUGCUGCAUUAUGUGCCGCUUUCCCUCCCCGACGUCGACCUGGAGACUGGGUGAUCCAGCCUGACCUGGAAGCGUUUCCAGAGGUUGAAUCGCGCGUGAGCAACGCCUAUGCUUGUCUUUUUGCAUCGUCAGCUCCCAGGCAUUCAGGAGAUCAUGAGAUCGAACUGGCUGGGAUCCAUUGCCGCAUCAAAUCUGGAUGUGAGUCCUUCGGCUCCUUCAAAGAAGCCUGUGCCAUUCGUGCACUGAUCGCCUCCAACAUCAACAUGGCCUUCAAAACUUCGAAUUUCAGUAUGAAGUCCGAGGUGAUUCAACGUGCCUUGAACUUCUUAUCCUCUCCGAGUGGCGAUUUCUUCUUCUGCUUAGAUGAUGAACCCAGUGCUGAAGGCACUGCCGAGGAGGUGGGUCUGGGUAUUUUGACUUUGCUGGGCCGUUCCGAUGCCGGCAGCGCCUGUGGACGUCGGGAUCGCGGUGCCAUCCCUCAGCGUCGUGGGGGAUAUAAGGAGGCCUUGCGGGGGCGCAUGGUGCCCAGUGGAUCCACUGGAUCCACUGGAUCCACUGGAAGUGGUGCCCAGUGGGCUGUGGAGAGACUUGCAAAGCUUCGAAAGAUGUCGGAUGUGGAUGCUGACGCUGGGAAGGACGGGAAUGAAGAACAUGAGGAACCAAAACUUCCAAACCCACAAGCUUCAGCUCCUUCCUGCCCAAGUGAGGCCAAAUGCGUUGAGGAUUGGGCCACUGGUUUGGUACAAGCUGCUCUACUGCGAGUGCUGAAGAAACGUGCGGCUGCGGCAGAAGAGUUUGAUGUGGCGGCAAGGUUAAAGGCACGAGAACGUGGGGCAGAGACAACAUUGGCGGCAGGUCGUGCACGAGCAAUGCAGCUGCUGCAAGCCCCAAAGCUGGCGACGGUGGAGCAGCUGAAGGAACAAAAGCGGAAGGCGGUAGAAGUCGAAGAUUAUGAGCUGGCUGGCCGGCUGAAACGGGAGGCAGAGACAUUGGAGGCGGACAUGGUACGCAUGGAUGAGGCUUCGCUAAAGCCCCUGGCCUUGGAGCAAGCCAAGCGCUUCGCUUCGAUGAGCAAGCAUCCUUUCAAGUUGCUGAAAGCAGCUGGAGCAGAAGCCAUGGCAGCCAACACCCCCGCCCUCUGGGAAGAGGUGGCUUCCAUCCUCUCCACCGGGUGACCAGCAUAUUCUGAUUCUGUGGCCAAGGGAUCCAAGGGGUAGCUCCUCAGUGGCAGGAACCAGGAUGCAGCAAGUUGAACCGUGUCAAGAUAUGCAGACUAGAUGUCGGCCUCCGAUCUUUACUACAAGCUCCUGCAUUCACAUGUCGUGAAGGGCCAUGGCACCUUAGAUCAUGACAAGAUGUGAGAUCAUCAUAACAACCGCCACUAUGGACCAUGACGGACCAUGUCACUUUUACAGCUGGAAACAAUAAAGCCGCGGAAAUUGCCAGGGCUGAGGCAGUGACAAAGGAAGAAAAGGGAUGAAAGGGCGGGUCCGGAUGGUCCGCAGCAGAAUUUUUUCUGAUUUGAGAUCUAGAUCCUGAAAGUCCUGGGGCCUUAAAAGGAAGGGCCACUUACAGAGUGGUGCUAAAAUGCACUAAAAGGAUCUAAAAGGGAUUAUGGAAAUGUCGAGGGCCGAGGAAGUUAUAGAAAUGCCGGGUGUUCUACGG